UCACUCGAGUCGCGCCGCUGCAAUCGCCAUAUUGUUUGCGGUCUACGCGUUCGUCGGUCGUCUCGUGCUAAUCGGUAGUUUUCGUUUUCGGUAUUGUGUUAGUGACGAAUAGUUGACAAAAUUUCGCGAAAAGGCGGAAUGAAGAAGACGAAGGACAUGUCGGACGAGGACGAAUAUUCAGCGGACGAUCCCGAGGAAGUCGAAGGUGUAUCCGAAGACGAAUGGACGCCCGAACCGGGAGCCGAGGGUGGGACCAAAAAGAGGCCGCAAAGAGCUGCCAAGAAGAGAACGCACUCCGAGGAAGAAGAAGACGAGGAGGAGGAAGAAGAGGAAGAAGAGGAGGAAGAAGAUGAGGAAGACGAGGAGUCGGAUUCCGAUUCAGGCAAGAAACCAAAAAAGAAGAGACAUUCAAAGAAGGAAGAAGAGGACGAAGACGACUCCGAUGACAACAGUUUCAAUGAACCUUCUGGCGUACCACCGAAAGAUUAUACUUCUGGCGCCUUCGUUGUUGCUAAAGCUGAUAUUGACGGAGAUACAGACCCUACCUUGUGGAGGAUAGACGGCAAAGCACUUCUCCAAAAAUAUUUACCUUGCAAAGAGGACGACAAAACUGUUUACAAAAGCACAUCUACGUAUUCUGGCUGGUCAGUGAACAACAAAGAUAAGUACCUGGCAGCACAGGUCACAUUCAAGGUCCAAAACCGUCAUGAGACUAUUGUUGAGUUACACCUGGAUCGGCAACAACAACAAGAAAUUGUCAAAGAAGAAAAAGAGGACUAAAUGCAGCACGACAAGCAUCCUCAUAUUUGUUUAUAUAUGUUUUAAGAUAAAGUAAGGUAUACACAGAGAUGCUACACUAUUGCAGUUAGUAGAAAAGUGGUCUAACGUGUUUUAAUUGAUACCAAGAUGGAAAGAAAAACAUGCCAGGCUCCCGUAAAAUUUGUGUAGACCUUUCUAGAAUUACCGUAUUGUGUACUUCCGUAUCGGUUUUGGUAAUGUUGAGAUCUCGAAAUUCGAACACAAUCGAAUAUUCGAAAACUAGGAUAGACAGGUAAUUUUCUUUCCCUUGUGUUCGAAUCUAAUCACGAUCAUAUUCCAGUGUAAUCACAGAACAAUCAUGUAUGUUCUUUGCCAUUAUCUUUCAUUCUUGUUGCUUGAAUUUUUAUUGGCAUUUCAACACCUCAGGUCUUAGCUGUUUCAGACAGUCUUUAGAACUCAGUGCUAGUGUUAGGCCAUGCUACACAACUGCAGCUAGUUGUAAGAAUAUCGAAAAUAACAAGACACAACACAGAAUUAAAAAAGAUAAAAACAAAAUAAUGAUUAAACAAAAAACUAGUAAAUAACAAAUCAAUUCUAACUGCAAGCAUCUUAUGUUUUUAUUGUAUGACACAGACGAAAGGGACCUGUUAAUUAGUCUUUCUAAAUAAAAUCUUAACAAGCACUUAAAAUAACGCCGUCUUUGGUUGCGAAUUCUUUUAAAGGACACCAUAUCAUUGAUUUGAUAACGCUGCAUUGGGUUGUUCUAGAUUGGAAUUAAUCAAUUUCUUUUCUGCAUUUUUUUUUUUACUCUUGUGACCCCAACUGUGAUUAGGGUAAUCAAAUCCAAGAGCCGUAUAAUUAUGAACAUAUAUCAUCAGCGCUUCUAAUAAUGGUUGAAUCAUGAACGAUUAUUGAAAAUAAAAACUAUUUAUUACUCUUUCACAAAUUUGAA